AUGCGCUUCUCUCCGAAUUUUUUUUAUAAGCCUCUAGCGGCCAUGUGGCCGAUGCGGCAUUGGCUCGGAAUCGCUGCGGCUUUGCAGUGCGUGUCUUGUAGCGAGAUCAAGGUCGCAGGAUCCUCCACAGUGUUCCCAGUCGCAAACGGGUGGGCGAACGCCAUGGAGAACGCCAGCAACAUUACGAUAACCAUCGAAGGGGGUGGCUCCAGCUCUGGCGCACGGCGUGUCUGCAAGGAUCGUACGGAUCCUGACCACGUCGACAUCGGCGACAUGUCGCGCAACUGGAAAAGCAGCGAAGCCCUCCUGCUGGACGAUGACUAUACGUGG